AUGUAUCUUAAAGACAGCCUGUCUGAGCUGAAGGAAAAGUACCUUUUGGCGAGCACAGGCAUAACAGAUCGCAGUAGAACACUUGCUGAGGUUACGGACGAAUUGGAACGAGUCAAGUCAGAAAUGGAGGAACGCGGUAAUAGUAUGACUGAUGGCUCUUCUGUUGUGCGUAUUAAACAAGCUAUGCAGCGUCUCAAAACAGAGAUGGUAGCUAUGGACAUUCGAACCGGCGUAUUGGAACAUAUAUUACUUCGUAUCCAUCUAAGAGCUCGCGAAGAUAGUCAGAAGCCACUGUUCUCACGUAAUUCAAGGUCUCGAGAAACAAACGAACUGAGUAGCUUCGUCUAUUGA